AUGACUAAAAUAGCGUCUCAGAUGAACGCUAAGAAUAUUGUGCUCCGAAGACACAAUGACAUCGUGAAAAGCCCUGAAGAUCAAAGAGAAUUUCGCGGUCUUGAGCUAACAAAUGGUCUGAAAGUUUUUCUGGUAUCAGAUCGCACUACUGAUAAAUCUGCUGCUGCCAUAGAUGUGAAUGCCGGGCACCUUAUGGACCCAUGGGAACUGCCGGGUACAGCUCAUUUCUGCGAACACAUGUUAUUUCUAGGUACCGAUAAGUACCCCUCUGAGAAUGAAUACAGUAAAUUCAUAUCUGCUCAUGGUGGAAGCACAAACGCUUAUACGGCAGCCGAUCAUACGAAUUACCAUUUUGACGUAAAACCAGACCAGUUGCAGGGAGCUUUAGAUCGAUUCGUGCAAUUUUUUCUGGCUCCACAGUUCACCGAAAGUGCGACAGAAAGAGAGGUUACUGCCCAUUCAAAUAACUUGAAAAACGAUGGUUGGCGGAGAUUACAAGUGGAAAGGUUUCUUUCAAAACCCGGUCACGAUUACGGAAAGUUUGGUACUGGUAAUAAGAAAACGUUGAUGGAAGACGCACGAGAAAAAGGUAUUGAACCGAGGGAGGCUUUGCUUACAUUCCAUAAGAAGUGGUAUAGCUCAAACAUAAUGUCCCUCUGUAUUGUUGGUUCCGAAUCGCUAGAUGAACUGGAGUCGUACUUGGGCACACUUGGAUUUGAUACCAUUGAAAACAAAAAUAUAACACCGAAAGAAUGGCUGGACAGUCCGUAUGGAAAAGAGCAGCUUGGAAAACGCAUUGAGAUCGUGCCAGUCAAGGAUUCACGCAGUCUUAUGGUUCGCUUUCCGAUUCCUGACCUACAAGCUGAAUACAAGUCAAAUCCUGCGCAUUAUAUCUCUCACUUAUUGGGCCACGAAGGUAAAGGCUCCUUGUUGUCCGAGUUAAAGCGACUAGGAUGGGUAAGCUCACUAACAGCCGGCGAAACGAAUCUUGCAAAGGGAAUCAGUACAUUCGACAUUCAUGUUGAUCUCAGUCCUGAUGGAAUUGAUCACACUGAAGACAUAGUGGCACUAGUGUUCAGCUACAUUGGAUUGAUCAAACGUACUGGAGCCAUGGCUUGGAUACAGGAAGAGCUUAAGGAAUUGGGUGAACUCAGGUUCCGUUUCAAGGUUGCUGAUUUACUUUCUUACUUCGUUAUGAUGAAACGAUUCAAAUCUGCUCAGGAAAUUUUUAAUCCCGCGCUGCAUAUUCCGGAGAAGAACGAGUACAUUCCAUGUAAAUUGGAGUUGAAGCAAAGAGAGGUUAUAAAAAGUGAUCACCCGCGUGUUAUCUACGAUGAUGAAUGGUGUCGCAUUUGGUUCAAACAAGAUGAUGAAUACAAGCUUCCAAAAAUGGUUACUCAUGUAAGUCGAAAUAUCUCUUUUUACAACGCUGAAUUGGCUGGUUUAAAAUGUCAUCUAGAACUUGGCACAUAUGGAGCAAAUAUUAAAGUGAGCCGUGAGCAACGCCCUCAGGAGGCAUUCGUAUACCUACGUGUAAUCUCCUCUAUCCUUAAAUUUUCAGAUCCAUUGCGCUUUGAGGUGCUGUUCGACACUAUAAAAAGGGCGUUGGAGAAUUUCGCUCAUUCUCAGCCGUACACGCUGUCGCAGCAUUAUAUUCAAAUGCUCCUCAGUGAUAAAUUCUGGAGCAAAGAACAACUGCUUGCUGUGUGUAUAGACGUGCAUGAAGUUGAAAUGUUCGGGAAGGAGAUUUUGCGUGCUUUUCACAUUGAGUUAUUUGUCCAUGGGAAUGCCACCGAACAGAGCACGCUCUUGAGAAUGGUGUGUACGUUUUUUUUUUUUAAAUUGCCACUUUUUCUUGAAGCUAUUUAUGAGGGGCUGACCAAAGAGAAUGACUUGGUCAAAUUCAUUACAGGUGAUUCAUACGUGUAUCGUCACUUCCAGGAUACUCAUGAAGUGUCUUGUGUGGAAGUUUUGUACCAAGCUGGUGUUCAGACUACUCGAGAAAAUGCUCUAGUGGAAUUACUUGUUCAAUUGCUACGUGAACCAGCUUUCAAUCAGCUAAGAACGGUGGAGCAGUUAGGUUAUAUUGUUUGGACUGGCCCAAGGCUUACAUCUGGAACCUUGGCCCUUCAACUUAUUGUACAAGGCCCGACAUGCCCAGAUCAUAUACUUAAUCGAAUGGAAGCAUUCCUUGAGAAGAUUAGGGACGACAUUGUUUCGAUGUCGGAUGAAGAAUUUGAGCAACAAAAAACCGGACUAAUUACUCGAUUACUCGAGAAACCAAAAACCUUAGGAGCUCGAUCUCGACGUUUUUGGAACGAAAUCCAGUGCAGACAGUACGACUUUGAUCGAAUAGAGGUUUUACACGCUGUUGGCAAAGAAGAACUUCUGGAAUAUUUUGAUCUUAAGUUUAGUCCCACAGCACCAGAGAGGAGAAAGGUGAGCUUUUAG